UGUAUUUUUGAAAAUGAAAGAAAUUGUCCUUGUAAGUAACACAGGAAGCCCGUAUGUGUUUUACUGGUCAGCGGCAUAAUUCAUAAGUCACGUGUGUAACGUCGCGCGAAAAUUCUUCAGAGAAGUUGACAAAAUAAUACAAAUUUCUGCACUCGAAUGGCUUGAAAUAUGAAAUAGGCAGUGGUGAUGAAGCACUAUAAUGGCUUGAAUAUUGUGUAAGGUUURAACUCAAACUUAAGAUGUAAAAAAGGAGGACAAAGCGUAGUUUCGCGUGAAAAGUUUUUUAACAUGGCAAGCUCGUCAGGAUCGUUGAGUCAAAAACUUGCUCAAAUGAUGGAUACACUGCAGAGACAACAGAGUAGAGAUGUCGACAGUUUGAACACACAGGAACAUGCGAUGUCAGCCAUUGAGAUGAGGGCAGGUCUUGGAACUUUUAUUGAGGAAAUCUUCACUGACUUAGUCUCAGUGUCAAGCAAGCUCACAGGAGAGUCCACUGGAACWCUUCAUCCCAACACUUUUUGGCAGCUUCUCCAUAUAUGUAUACAAAACUUCCCAGGAUUCUUAGUGGAGGUUGUACACAGGACUCCCAAAGAUAAACUUGGUUUGACCAAUGAAAAGAAAGKAACAAGCACAUCAGAGCCAUCCAAAGCAUUUACUGUGUGGGUUGUGUCCAGAAUUGUGCGAGUUCUAGCUGAACCAGGGUGUAGUCCUUUGCAUGAUAAGGCCAUAUCAUUUAUUCUCUCAAUAGCUCAGUUGGUUAAAAGCAAAGACCUGGUUUUCUACAGACGUAUCAUCACUGAAUUUGUAAUAUUGUUAAGGGACUUGGUCGUCAUAGAGGAGACAAUCUUUGCUGAGAGUGAAGUCCCUGAUGGUACUCUUCCUCUACACUUGGAUCAUUUCCAAUUCUUUGAUGCUCAUGAUUUGGGUCAGAGUUGCCAUGGUAACAGUGAUAUGUCAAAACUUACCAAAAAACAAAUCUGCAUAAAAUCAGAAGAAGGUUGCUCCAUGAUACACGAAUGCAUAAGUCAAAUUAUAUGUGAAGUGGUUGGUGAUGUUUGUCAUUAUGCUAAUGAUCAAGUCAAUCUUCUGUGGAGAACAGCUUGCAUACAAUUACAAACAGGAAUAUCCAUAAUAAAACAGUUUGCUCUCAAGAUUCUCACAGAUCUACUGAGGCAUCUUGGUCUGCCUGACCUGCCUAUACUGGAUCAGUUUAUCAAAACGCUUUGUGCUGUUAUUGAUCUUUGUGGUUCUGGUAUUUGCCAUUCAUUGCCAAGAAAUACAGUUGUUGAACUGGAGAAGAGUCUUUCAACAUGCUUGAACAAGCUUUUUAGUGAAACAUCAAAGACAGUUGAUAGAAAACAAAGUGAUAAUCAUUGKAGUGAGCAAKCAMCACRCAGUCCACAUYAUAUCCURCCUGCUUGGCAUUUAAACCUUGUUURCGUUCAGCUUAGUAAAACUAUUGGAUCGGGUGGACUGGGGAUGCUACAGACUUUAGAAUUAAAGUCAUGCAUUUGUGAUAUAAUCAAGUACAUCUAUAUUCACAUUCCUGAAGAUUACUCCUCUUCAUCGGAGUCUCUGUACAAACAUACCAUCAGUAGAGCAUUAAUACAACAUGUYGCUAUGGAGACAGAUCAACAAUACAUGGUGGGUUGCCUGUGUAAAAUCAUUAAAAGAGAAGAUGUAAAAACAACUCAUGACAAACAGGGGGCUGGUAUGUCAAAGMAAGAUAAUGUUGGUACAUCGCUAUCAAGCGCUGUCAUACCUUGCAAGAAAGCAAGACUUAGCAAUCUAUCMCAAAAGAAAGGUGUCCAAAACAACAAACCAGGAACAAGCCAGGAAAUAGACUCUACACUGGCACUGCUGAUGGACAAAAUGGAUAAACWAUUGCAAGAUAUCAUUGAYGAGAGAAACAACAGCUCUAUCAACAUGGAAAGCUUUUUAACAAAGAUAGAAGGAGUGAGGGUAUUACUUGAAAUACUAUCAAGAUCUGCUAAACCUUUACAAGAUUAUCUCAGUAACAAGAGAUUACAAUCUUGUUUGAUGCUGCUUAAUUCAAGCUUACAAAUCCUCAAGCAGACAWCCAGCAAGAAAGAAMAAGACACGGCAWCUAUAGGAGCAGUUUUCAAAAAACUAGUCCACCUUGUGAUGAUGCUGUUCUAUGUGUCASAUGAUGUUACUUUAGUGUCUGAAUUACARCAAUGUAUGCUCUUUGUUGCAUCCAUUCCUUGGCUUUGCAAAGUUGACCAGCCAUGGAGUGAUAUCCCUCAUAUCUUUGGUCUAUCUGUUCAAGAUAUGACUGUAAUAACAGCAAAGCUAAGUCCUCACAUUGAUAAAGAGUGUCUUGGUGAUUGUUUACAUCAACUAGCAAUGUUUAGAUCUGACACUGCACCAACUUGGAGAAGUCAUGUAUUCAUGAUGUCAUUGCAAGGUAGUUGUGAUGAUAUAACAAUUCAAGCUAUUCACUGGCUACCAACAUUACUUUGUUCACUUGGUUCAUUCUCCUACUCAUUGGUGCCAGACAACCUACAAAAACUACUCUCCAGGGGUCCCYUGAUACAGAAACAGAUAGGCAAGGCUCUUGGGCCAUUGGCUUGUGUGUUAACUGAGCAUACCCUUAUAAGGAAAUGGAAAUCUCCUGAUAUAUUAAGUCCAAUUGGUAGAUGYAUCAGUCUUUAUUGCCCGGUUUGUGAUCAAAAUGACAAAAGUUCAAGCAACCAGCAUGCAGUUAUUGAUGCAGCAGUGUUUACRCCAUAUCUACAUCUCCUCUCAUCUACAGUUAACUCUGCUAUYAAACUAGCUUUUAUAAGCAGUAUUCCAAGGAUAUGUACUCACCUGGCUACWACACUCAACACCUCAGCUCAUAGUUGUAUUGUCACUGCUACAUGUUGUGAUCUGAUUGAAGACCCAGAUUACCAUGUCAGACUAGCAUUCAGCAAGGUGAUCUCCUAUGUAACUAGGCCUGGGUCCAACACAGGUAGCCCACCAUUAAGUGUUAUGACUAAGMUGAAGAAAGCRUUCAGUGAUGCAUCGACUCAUUCAAGUCACCAUGGUAAAGUUGUCAGGCUACARGAGACUGUAGUAUUAACAAUAGGGCAGCUUGGUACCACGGCUGAGGGAGAGUURCUUCUUGUUGUGAUAGUCAGUCUGCUGAAAAGUCUUACUGCACAGUCUAAAGUGAUCAGAGCAAAGGCAUUCCAACAGAUUCAAGAAAUAGCACGUUGUCAUUCUAAGCCAGUGAAUGCUUUAUUCUCUGAAUUCAAGCUAUCAAUCUGUAAGUUUGUUGUYAACACAGUUCAUGACCUUCAAUCAACCAACCCUUCAACUAAAGAAUCUUUGGAUGUCAUCACUGAAGUUGCAAGUGUCUUUGAAUACAGAGAUAUACAGACCUUUGUAAUGUCAACUUUACGGUUUAUGAUACCUCUCCUUGUGAAGAAGGCAACCAUGGCAUCAUCAUCYGUGCURCGAUUACUUGCAAAGGAACUCAAAGUCAGUAGAAGAGAAAUGUUACUGGAAAACUUUAAGUAUAUCUUUUCCUUCCUGGUCAGAACCUGUUCACCAAGUGAACUGGAAAAAGCUCUGCAGUAUGUUCAGAAAGAGACAGAUGUAGAACUGRGUAGUCUUCUGAGGUCUGAAGCMCAGAGUGUGUAYAAYCAGUUAUUGCUGUACCUGAGUGUCAGCUAUGAUAAAGUCUUCAGUGGACUGUCCAUGUUGGCAAGCAAAGAUGACACAUACACAGGACCUAAGGAUUUGAAGACAGCUGACCAAAUGGCCAAUUUUCUUCAGCAUCGAUUGCUUGGUAUUCUAGCCUUCUACAACACAAUACUAGUAACAAAUAGUGAUUUAGAAGAGAAGAAACUAGCACUWCAGAGUUUAGUGAAACUAAUGGAGAUGAUGGGACCAAGACAUAUCACAAGUGUGCGUGUUAAGGUGAUGGGGAUUUUGAGGCUUGGUUUACGGUUCAAAGACACAGGUUUCCCAGAGCUKUCCUGUGAUGCAUGGGAAUGUUUUGUUCGUAAUAUUGAACUAUCAAGUCUUGGUCCAAUGUUGAGUGAACUUAUUGUUACCUUGCUGCCGUAUCUCAGUAAACUACCAGCUCGUGUUGCUAAAAUUUACCAUUUCUUAAUKAUUGAAAACAAAUCAACACUAAGUGAGUACUUUCAUGAGAUUUACUUCUUGCCGGAUGCACCAGAACUUAAAAAGGUCAAUGCAAUGCUGCGUACAGCUAGUGGGAUCUCGUCAAGGAAAAUGGAUUUGAARACGCARAUGAAAAGAGCAUUGAAAGGUGUUGCACAUGAAAAUCUUGAUGUCAGAAGACAUGCAUUAUCAAAAUUGAAGCAACUUCUUCAUGACAACCAGGCAUCAAUACAUGACUAUGUUCUCAGUAAUGAGACUGUAGCUCCAAUCAUACCAGAGAUUGUUAGUGUUCUUAUUUCAAGAUGUCAUGAAACUGACCCAGAGUCYAAGCUUCUUGUGUCUGAGUGUCUUGGUGAACUGGGUGCUGUUGAUCCUGGAAGGCUGGAUGAGCUUACUCAAGUUCCUGUAGAUGAGAAGCCUGUCUUUGAGAGUGGCUGUGAAGACAUGGAGUUUGCUCAGGAGUUGAUAACAGAACUUGCUAGAGCAUUCCUUGCAGCACAUGAUACAAGAGCUCAGGAUUGUUCAGCGUACGCCAUUCAGGAAGUUCUCCAAGUCUAUGGAUGCAGUGAGACCAAGAAAGAAGGGCCUGGUUCAAAGYUGUGGCGUAAAUUCCCUGAACAUAUMCAAGAAAUCCUUCGACCUCAUCUAUACUCCAAAUACUUGAGCUCAGCAAACCCUAACUGGUCUCGACUGGCCAAACCAAUCUACCAUAGUUCAAAGGGGAAGACAUUUAGUGACUGGGCAAGCACAUGGACUUCAUAUAUGAUUACAAAGGUCAAGGAGCAGAAACCAUCACGUAUCUUCCAAGCUUGYAGYAAAAUAUUCAAACAUGACAUUCACACUGCACUCUUUCUUCUGCCUCACGUCAUCAUGUAUGCUCUUAUGGAUGGAAGUCAGGAUGAUGUCAAUGAAAUUCAUGCUGAAAUCAUGUCAGUUUUGACGCAUGUACAAGGUAACGAAGACCUUCCUGUAAGUGGGUCAGAUUUCAGCCAUAUGAGUGCACAAACAAUCUUCACUGCACUGGACUAUCUAAACCGUUGGACUUCUAAGAAGGCAUCGUCAUUCACAACAAGAACACAAUCUGCCACAAGCAGAAAUAGUCGUAGUGGAUUAUCAAACGGUCGUGAAAAUGGGCAAGAGAUUAUCCAAGCAUUUUUGCACAAGAUUCCUCAGGAUGUUUUGUCUUCGGCCUCAUUCAACUGCAAGGCRUACACCAGAGCUUUGAUGCAUUUUGAAUCAUUUAUCAACAAGCAAAGCAAAGACAAACAGGAACACUUAGGAUUUCUGCAAAAGAUUUAUGUAGCAUUGGAUGAGCCUGAUGGAGUUGUAGGUGUUGCUGCGAUACGCAAUCGUGAAGUCACAUUACAUCAACAGAUCUUGGAGCAUGAAAGCUCCGGUCAGCUUCGUGAUGCUUCAGCAUGUUAUGAAAGCGCAAUUCAAGAAGACCCUAGCAACGUCGACCAUCAUAAGGGAUUAUUGAACUGUUUGAUGGGACUAGGCCAGGUUACYAAUGCCCUCAUGCACUCUAAYGGKAUUAUUGCACAAAGACCAGAGUGGAAGGGAUCUCUAAACACCUUCCGUGUUGAAGCUGCAUGGAGACUAGGACAGUGGGACUCCCUCUCGAACUUCUUAAAAAUGGAAAAAGGAAGAGGUGACUGGAAUAUUGGUGUUGGACGAAUCUUACUUGCUGCUAAGGAAAUGGAUGAAGACUCUUUUAACCGYCAACUGCGUAUUGUUCGUAGUCAGCAGAUGGGACCUUUGUCUGCAGCAAGUAUGGAAUCAGGAGCCUAUCAGCGAGGUUAUGAGUACAUAGCGAGAUUACACAUGCUACGAGAACUUGAGAGCUUCCUUGGUGGAAUGCUCCAGGGUACAGCAGCCGUUGAUUCUCAGUUGUUUGAGGGAUGGAAAGCUCGUCUACAAAUUACUCAGAAAUCAUUUCGAACAAGAGAGCAGAUUCUWAAUCUCAGAAGAGCAGUGCUCAAUAUGUUUCCAAGUACUGACAUAGUAAAGAAAGAGCAAGGAGCAAGCUGGCUACAAAGUGCCAAGAUAGCAAGAAAGGAAGGUCAUGUCCAGGCAGCAUUUAGCUCUCUUCUCAAUGCCAGCACCUUUUCUUUGCCACAAGUUUGCAUUGAACGAGCAAAAUGGUUGUGGAGCAAGGCUUUGGUGCUUGAAGGUCGCUGGAUGGAGGAAACAGCACAUUACGAACCAAACCCAAUCUUAAAGAAAUUCAGGGAAGUCACUGAUCUACACACAAACUGGGAAAAUGGUCAUUUCUAUAUUGGUAAAUACUAUGACAGACUCAUGUUAGCCUGUUUGGAUGAAGAGAAAGCCAACAAGCUGUCUGGAGCCGACUUCAUUCCAUUCGUUAUCAAACACUACGGUACCUCGCUGCAAUAUGGCAACAAGUUUAUUUAUCAAUCAAUGCCACGAUUGCUGACAAUAUGGCUUGACUUUGGUGCUAAAGUACCUGAUCAAGGAAGAUCAAAAGCUGCAGAUAAGAGCGGUAAACGACAGAAACUACAAGACACCAACAAGAAUAUGGCUGAGUUGACAGAGAAGCUUCCUGCUUACCAGUUCUUCACGGCYUUCUCACUCCUUAUCUCAAGAAUAUGUCAUCCAAACCAAAAAGUUGUUGACCAACUGGAGCAAAUUCUGGCAAAGUUACUCGUAACCUAUCCUCAGCAAGCAAUAUGGAUGAUGAUGGCUGUUUCCAAGUCAUCAUUUGCUACAAGAGUAAAGAGRUGYCGCAAUAUCUUCGAUAAAGCCAAUCACAAACAUGUUUUCUKUUGUAGGCAUCAAUCACCAGCCCUKGGUAAAUUCAUUAAUGACGCUACRCGAUUGGCUGAUCAGUUAUUGGAAGUCUGUAACAAAGGAUUUAACAAGAAUCUUGCCAGAGAUAAUAAGAUGAGCAUGAGCCAUGACUUUGUUGUACUCAAGAGACUUGUCAGUGAUGAUGAUUUUAGUCCUAUCAUYGUACCUCUUCAGACGUCUAUGACCGUGACACUACCGUCGGGAGCUGGUACCCACCUAGACCAUAAUCCAUUUCCUGAUUCAGUGGCUUGUAUUACGGGAUUUGAUGAUACUGUUGAAGUGUUGUCAUCUCUACAACGACCUAAAAAGAUAACAGUCAAAGGCAGCGAUGGCAAGUCUUAUAUCAUGAUGUGCAAACCACGGGACGACUUAAGAAAAGACUCUCGUACUAUGGAGUUCAACGGAUUAAUUAACAAGUCAAUAAGGGACAAGAACAUGUACGUUAARGGGGCAGAAGUCAAGAAAAUGAUCGAAAAAGCAAGAUCCAACGAUGUUGAGGCUAAAGUCAAGAUUUUCACCAAUGAGCUUCUGCCGAGGCAUCCUCCAGUCUUCCAUGAAUGGUUUUUAAAAACUUUUCCCAAUCCAACGUCUUGGUACCAGAGUCGUAUAUCGUACUGUCGUACAACAGCCGUCAUGUCUAUGGUCGGGUAUAUCCUGGGACUUGGUGAUCGUCAUGGUGAAAAUAUCUUGUUUGACUCMACCAAUGGYGACUGUGURCAUGUCGAUCUUAACUGUUUGUUUAACAAGGGAGAGACGUUUGAUUGCCCUGAAAAAGUUCCCUUCCGUCUCACACAUAACCUUGUGAAUGCUAUGGGUCUUCUUGGUUGUGAGGGCGUGUAUCGUCGUUCUUGUGAAGUAACAUUAAGACUAAUGAGAGAGCAGUGUGACUCACUAUUGACAGUUCUGGGUACGUUUAUCUAUGACCCUCUCGUUGAAUGGCAAAAACGAGGWCGAGACGUGGCUUCUGACGCUAAAAGUAAAGAAACAGGCGARGUCACCAAUGAAGAGGCUGUUAAGAUUCUUAAAGACAUCGAACAGAGACUAAAGGGUUUGAACAGCAAGAAUAGGAUCAUGAUACCGCUGUCCAUUGAAGGCCAGGUYCAUAAGCUCAUUACGGAAGCGACGGACAUUAAGAAUCUGGCUCAAAUGUACAUCGGCUGGGCUCCAUACCUAUGACAACACCAAAACWCUGUACUCCACAAGUUAGUCAAUAAAAAGUUUAUUUUUUCA